UUUUACUGCAUUGAAGCAAAGUAUUAUUACAGAGAAAAAAAUGAGUAUUAAAUCAUAAAUUAAAAUUUAAAGUGUCUUUUUCUUAGGAAGAGUUUAUCAGACUUUAAUAUUUUGAUAUCACACAUGGAUAUCUCAUGAAACAUCUCAUUUGACAAGAUAGAUACAAAGAAGUAUCAAACUAUGUUGUGUUGAAAUUAACAGUAGACUUGAAUUCAAAAUAUUUCCCCUUGAGUCCAAAUUCCAUUUUUAAUGAGUUAUGUUACCUUGGGCAAGUCAAACUAUCUCUUACCUUUCUUUGCACAUGUGUGUAAGCUUAAUGGGAUAAUGGGUAUGGAAGUAUUAUGUCAACCAUAAGGCCUUUUAAAAUGUGAAGUGUUAUUUGUGAUAGCAGAGAGAGUAGAAUCUUUAUUUGUUGACUUUCUCUUAUGUCUUUAAGCAGAAAUUUGCCAUGGGGGACAAGGGAGGAGACAACCAUUCAGAAGUGACUGACUUCGUUCUUGCAGGCAUCAGGGUCCGCCCAGAGCUCCACAUUCUCCUCUUCCUGCUGUUCCUGACUGUUUAUGGGAUGGUCCUUCUGGGGAAUCUUAGCAUGAUUGGCAUCAUUGUGACUGAUCCCCGGCUGAACACACCAAUGUAUUUCUUCCUAGGCAACCUCUCCGUCAUUGACCUCGCCUACUCCACUGUCAUUGUACCCAAGGCCAUGGUCAACAUCCUGUCUCAGAAAAAGACCAUAUCCUUUGCAGGUUGUGUUGCUCAGCUGUUCCUUUAUGCACUUUUCAUGGUAACAGAGGCCUUUGUCCUGGCAGCCAUGGCCUAUGACCGCUUCAUUGCCAUCUGCAACCCUCUCCUCUAUACUGUCCGCAUGUCAAGAAGCCUCUGUAUCCAGCUGGUGGCUGGUUCCUACCUCUGUGGCUGGGUCAGUUCCAUUCUUCAAAUCAGUGUAACAUUCUCAAUGUCCUUCUGUGCCUCUCGAGUCAUUGAUCACUUCUACUGUGAUUCAAACCCAAUUGAGAAGAUCUCCUGUUCCAAUAUCUUUACCAAUAAGAUGGUGUCACUUAGUUUGGCCGUCCUCAUUAUUUUGCCCACGAUAGUUGUGAUUGUUGUAUCUUACAUGUACAUUGUGUCCACAGUUUUAAAGAUCCGCUCCAGUGAAGGCAGGAAGAAAGCCUUCUCCACCUGCAGCUCCCAUCUGGGGGUUGUAAGUCUGCUCUAUGGGACUGUCUCCUUUGUGUAUCUCACGCCUCCAAAUAACCCGGAACUUCGUAAAGUGGCUUCAGUAUGUUACAUUUUAUUCACACCUAUGCUGAACCCUUUAAUCUACUCUCUAAGAAAUAAGGAUGUUAAAGAUGCCAUGAGAAAAGUCCUCUGGAAGAAAAAAGUUUUACUCUAAAUGUGCUUCUACUUGUUUACUGUUUCUUGCAUCAUUUGUUCUUGUCCUCUGAAUCUCCUAGACUUAGGCAUUUAAAGCUCAGGGUUUUUGGGGGGGAAAAAAAAGCAAAACCAAAAACCUUAACUAUUUUAUUCAACGGCAUUCAUAAUGUCCUAUAAAGAAAGCUGCAGAUUCACUUUUCACUAUUUACUUUUCCCUUUUCCUCAAGGCUAUGUUAAAUUUAAAGGUCUGGACACCCAUGAAAAUUUUCUGUAUUUCUCACCUUCCAGGUAAUAAUAUGUAUGUAACUGCAGAAGUACAAUAUUUUACUAUUUCUCCUCCCUGUAUGGCUAAAUAAAAUUUAGAAAAUACUUAGCAUAAGGAUUAACUUGGAAACCGUGUGACCCAAUUGGCUUAUACGCAAACAACAGUCAGUAUAAAUGCCAGUGUUGUAUUUUGUUUUUGAUGUCACGCCAAAGAUGUGAGAACAUGUGCAUAUGAUGAACAGGAAAAGGAAAGGUAAAAUAACCAGUGACUUUUGUGAAUUAAAGGGGCCAAAGAAGAAGAAACAUGAGAAGACUGCAUUGAGUUGGUUGAAGUUAUGACAUUUUGUCUGGUUCUCCUUGAAUGGCAUGAUCCUCCUACUAUGCUCUCGUAUGAUGAGAACGUUUGAUGAUAUUUAUGAUGUUUGCAGCUCAUGUUCUUUAUCUUUGGGGUAAUACAAUUUAUUGGCCUGCAAUUAAUGAAAUCACUAUAUUGAAAUGAAGUGAAUUUGAAAAUUGCAGUUAAAAACUUCACAAGGCUUUACAAUAACCCCUAUGGAUAGCUGGAU